UGUUUACUCCAAAAAAUUGUUCCUGGUUGCUAUCGACCACUUUUUCAAUCAAAUUUGAAUUAAAAAGUCUCAUAAAAACUAUAAGAGUAGUAAAAGUUUAUCUAUUUUUAAAAAAGUGGAUGGCUUCAUAUGAAGAUAACAGUUUGAAAAAUUUACGUCAAAAAAGUCAAGUGCUGUUAAAUCGAUUACAGAAAAAUUCUAAUCAUAUAAUAAAAGAAUUACAAAAUUUGAAAUUGCAAAGUUCGUCACGUACUAUAACCAGCAAUCAUCACGCAUGCAAAAGUGGCAAUCAUUGCAUUUCUUCGGCUCAACAAACACAACACAAUUCCAACCAAGUCACCGGUACGUAUUGUCCUAAUUUAAACUAUCAAUCCUUGAGUCACAAACUUCAAAAUCAAGGAGAUAUGACUGUAGGCGGAAGGAUUUUAAUAACAUCUAAACGACCAGUAGAAGUAGAGCCACUAAGGAAACCUGUAAAAGGCUGUUAUUGCUAUCACAAUAAAAAGAAAAUACAAAUCAGAUCACCAAGAUCAGCCACUAAGUCCAUAUGGCCAUGCAACUACUGUAAAAGUCAUUUUAAUGUUGAACUUCCUGAUUCUCAAGAGACACAAAAUGAAAUUUCCUCACCAACUCUCAGCUGUGACACAUUAAGAAAGGUCCAGAAGAUAAAUUAUACUCCGAGAUCAGAAUUUUUACGACGAGUUCAACAGAAAGCUUCUCAGAAUUACAAUCUUUGCAGAUCUUGUUCCGAACCAGCAGUUCAACCUACUCGAGUAGCACGUAAUAUAGUUGAUGAUCCCUUAGACACGAUAGAAGUUGAUUCUCGAUAUGCUGAAAAUGUGAAAAGUAAAGAAUCUGAUCCAAAUCUUCGACCUAAAUCAAAAAGAAAUGGGGAAAAACAUUCACCAGAGAUUGAAACUAUUUUUACUGCCAAUGCAUCAUCUCGACCAACAUCUAGUGGAAUAUUAAUGAAAAAGACGAUUUGUUCUUCAAAGUCAAUAGAUGAAAAUAUUGAAUGCGGAGAAGAGGAGAGUCUAAAACGAGUAAGGUCAAAAAACAAACUAAAAUCUCGAACACUGACGCAAAAAAGUUGUCAGUACGACUGUUGUUCAGUGAAUGCGAGAAGAAAGAGUCCGAAAAAAAAUAAAAAAACCGGUCAAGAAACAUGUCUUCAAUGCCACCGAUGCCCUGGCCGGUGUCCUUCAAAGUUUGUAGCUAGUGGUUCAAGCGAUCACGAAGAUGAAGAAGUAAUUAAGUUGCGUAAAUUUCGGGAAAAAAAUUAUUACGAUACUCAUGGCUCGAGUAGUGCUUUAUUAUCUUCUCUAGAUUCUUCUACACGCUUGAAGCAGUACGAAAUAAAUGAUAGACUAUUUCCUGUACCUGUUGAUGGAAUAUAUGAUGAUGAGGCUCAACCCGUUGUUUCUAUGCCACGUUGCGCUACAAAACAAUUUAAAAGAGUACAUUACUUUCCUCAGUUUAUUGUAAAACAAGAUGAAAGAGCAGCUGGUUUGAGUAAAUCUUCAGGAAAAAAACAUCAAAAAUGUCCUCUGACUGGUCAUGCUAUUGACAUUAGAAGAUUAAAAACACCAUCGAAGAAUUCGUUAGCAUGUAAAUUCCGAUAUGAAGAUCAAUUCGAUGAUUAUCUAGGAUAUUUUUAAUUUAUCAAUUGGCUAAUGGAAAGUUUUUUACUCUGCUUCGUAAGAGGAUAAUUUGUAUGAAUAAUGAAUGAUGUAAAGACGUAAUUCAUUGAAUGCUAUAUUAUUUAUUGUGUCAGUCAACAUAAAUUUCAUCGAAAAUAUUUAAAAAAAUUGUCAUUAUAGUUGCAGUACUUUACUAUGUUUAUUACAAAUAUUGUUUACAGCUUUUUACUAUUUUAGAUUAAUAUAUUUUCAAGUUUCAAUCAUAAAUAUAAUUUUUCCAUAGGCAUAAGAUUGUUUUAAACUAAUAGUUAAUUAAAAAUAAGGUGAAAUAUCUAAAUUAAUUGAGCAUGAAUUUUUCUCAAAAAUGAUAAAAAAUUACAAUAAAUAUUGUGGAUCAAAUAUUUAACGAACAAAAAAAAAUUAUAAUAAUCAUUUAGUUUUAACGGCAAUCGAAAGUAGCAAUGAAAGACAAUUUUUGAAAUUGAAUAAAUUCAAGAAUAAGAAACAUUUUGUAAAUAUUUUUAUAGGCGAUAUUAAUUGCAAUCAUGUACUUGACAUUGGAUUCUUAUGUAAUAACUGAAAUACUCGAAUGACCGUGUAAUACUUACUUCGAUCAAGUACAUAUCAGAUAGUUUUUAACCUGAAUUUUAAAUUUCUCAUACAAUCAUUAUUCAGUUUUAAAUGUUUAUGGUACAAAUAAGCUUUUAAAUUUUACAAAUAGCUGAGCUAUAGAACAGAAAUAACUUGUGUUUGAAUCAUAAACCAUGAAUACUUGUGAGCACUAAUGAAUUGUCUAAGUCUCUAAAUUGUAUAAAAACAUUUACAUAUUUUGUAUUGUCCUAAUUACCUGGUAUUCAAGAAUAUCCCAGAGAGUGAGGUUUUUGUACAAAUUCUAUAGAACACGUGUGAAAAAUUUUUCAAUAGUGUGAUAUAUAUAUAUAUAUAUAUCAUUACUAGUACUAAAAAUUUAGUUUUAAAGCAAAACAAAAAAUAAUUAAAAAUUUAUAAACUCCAGUACAAAAAAAAGUAAAUACUUUUAUUUUCCUACGUUUUUUUCUGAGAAUAAAAUUUAAAGUGACGAAGUUUGUUUGAGUAAUUUUACAAUUCUUAGAAAAAAAAAAAUGCAAUGUCCAUAAAUAAACAAAAACUAUUCAUUAUUUCAACAAAAAUCUCAUAGAAGAAGCCAGAAGUAUUUUUCAACGAUUGAAGCAUUUUCUGGCAUUUAAAUUUACUCGACAUAUAUUGAUUAAUUAACAAUAACUUGUUAAUUUAUGACAUUGUUUUUACAAUGUUUCUAAUUUAUUAUGUCAAAGAUUAGCUCAUAGCAUAAAUGACACGUAAAAAAUAAUUGUACAAUUAUUAAUCAAUUUCUUCGUUCUUUCUGCUAAGCUUGAUGAAGGUUUUAUGUGAUGACUCCUUCAUUUUUAUACUUAAUUAAUAAAUAAUUAA